AUGCUUCCCUGUCGCACAGAGGUCAUCCGUGAGAAAGUCCAAGAUGGACUGACGGGGGAGUCCAAGGAAAUCUCGUACACACAAUGCAAGAUUGUGGGCAAUGGUUCGUUUGGAGUGGUGUUCCAAACGAAGAUGUCCCCCAGCGGGGAGGACGCAGCCAUCAAACGGGUCCUGCAGGAUAAGCGGUUCAAGAAUCGUGAGCUACAGAUUAUGCGGAUCGUGCGCCACCCCAACAUCGUCGAGCUCAAGGCCUUUUACUACUCCAACGGUGACAGGAAAGAUGAAGUGUACCUGAACCUCGUCCUGGAGUACGUCCCGGAAACGGUGUAUCGCGCAUCGCGGUACUUCAACAAGCUCAAGACAACAAUGCCGAUGCUGGAGGUCAAGCUGUACAUCUACCAGUUGUUCCGGUCGCUGGCGUACAUUCACUCGCAAGGGAUAUGCCAUCGGGACAUCAAGCCGCAGAAUCUGCUCCUGGACCCCAACACGGGUGUCCUGAAACUCUGCGACUUCGGGUCUGCCAAGAUCCUGAUCGAAAAUGAGCCCAACGUCUCCUACAUCUGUUCCCGCUACUACCGCGCGCCCGAGUUGAUCUUUGGUGCGACCAACUACACAACCAAGAUCGAUGUCUGGUCGACCGGUUGUGUGAUGGCCGAGCUGAUGCUCGGACAACCCCUCUUCCCUGGUGAAUCGGGCAUUGACCAGCUGGUGGAAAUCAUCAAGGUUCUCGGAACCCCGACGCGCGAGCAAAUCCGGACCAUGAACCCCAACUACAUGGAGCACAAGUUCCCGCAGAUCAAGCCGCAUCCCUUCAACAAGGUGUUCCGCAAGGCCCCCCCAGAGGCCAUCGAUCUCAUCUCCGCCCUCCUGGAAUAUACGCCCACGCAACGCCUAUCGGCCAUUGAAGCCAUGUGCCACCCCUUCUUCGAUGAGCUUCGGGACCCCAGCACUCGGCUACCGGAUUCACGUCACCACAACAACCCACCCAAGGAGAUGCCCACUCUCUUCGAUUUCUCGCGACAUGAACUGUCGAUCGCGCCCUCGCUGAACCACCAACUGGUUCCCGCUCACGUACGGCCGGCUCUCGAGGCCCAAGGGCUCGAUAUCGACAACUUCAAGCCUCUGACAAAGGAGGAGAUGAUGGCACGCCUCGAUUGA